ACAUACUCAUUCUCGCGUCAACGAUUCCUUUUCUUCUCUAGUUCUCUUCGAGUUCUGAACAAGGGCAUCCUUUCUUCCCCUCUCUCCUUCCAUUAUCGAUCUUCUCUACUACUCUGCUCGUUGAUUCCGAAGUAUCGAUUGAGUUUAUCUUUUAGGGUUUGAUCAAGGAGAAGCUCGGAUUGUCCGUCGGCGGAUUCGUGGAGGAUGUCAUACGCUUACCUGUUCAAGUACAUCGUCAUCGGCGAUACGGGAGUGGGGAAAUCAUGUCUUCUUUUACAGUUUACUGACAAGCGUUUCCAACCUGUUCAUGACUUGACAAUUGGUGUUGAAUUUGGGGCUAGAAUGAUUACUAUUGACAACAAGCCUAUAAGAUUGCAGAUAUGGGAUACGGCGGGUCAGGAAUCUUUUCGAUCAAUUACAAGAUCUUAUUACAGAGGUGCUGCUGGCGCACUGCUGGUAUAUGACAUAACUAGGAGGGAAACGUUCAAUCAUCUUGCUAGCUGGCUGGAAGAUGCCAGGCAACAUGCCAAUGCUAAUAUGACAAUUAUGCUGAUUGGUAACAAAUGUGACUUGGCUCACAGAAGAGCUGUGAGCACUGAAGAAGGAGAACAGUUUGCAAAAGAGCAUGGAUUAAUCUUUAUUGAGGCUUCAGCUAAAACAGCACAAAAUGUUGAGGAGGUCUUCAUUAAGACUGCGGCAAGUAUAUAUAAGAAAAUUCAGGAUGGUGUCUUCGAUGUGUCAAAUGAGUCGUUUGGGAUUAAAGUUGGAUACGGAGGAAUUCCUGGGCAAUCAGGUGGAAGGGAUGGCUCAUCUUCUCAAGCUAGUGGUUGUUGCAGUUGAUCUUUUUGCCUUGUGUUCCUUUCUAUUAUUCUGUUUAGUCCAAGUGAAAGGUGCGUGGUGCAUUAAUUUGCUGAUCCAGAGUUAAAAAUCUGGUUCUUCCUCCCUGCUGCAUGCAUUCUGGUACAUAUUGUAUAAUUCUUCUGUACAUGAAUUAAUUUUGCCUCAGGUAUGUUUACAUGUUUGAUACUUCCAUAUUUCCUAGUAAUAAGUGCUUUGUUCUUUUAA